AUUAAGGGCGCAGAUUUCUCGUGUAUCCAUCUCCAUAAAGCGUUUGCCACGGGAUUGGAGGUGAGAAGCCCACGAUGAGGAGGCAGCCAUCGCAAGUUCAGACACCAAACACGCACCUGACGCCUCCCUCACAGCGAAGGGCCGCUGGAGUGAGAAAAAGGCUGCUCCUUGAAUCAGCUGCACGGCUGACGGCGUCGGCUCAUGAGGUGCGCGAGCACUCGCCUGAGCAUCUGAAGUGACUUAUGGAUGCUUUCCUUUCGUCCAUCCUAUCAGGUCCCAAAACCAGAGGUUUCCUUGAUGGAGAAAGCGCCAUCGCCCUCACCGCGACCCAUUGGCUGCCGUCUAUCGCCAAUAUGCGGAGCCAGGAGUAUAUCCGAGAGCCCCCCGAAGCAGCUGAGCCAGAAGCAGCCCCAUUUGCUACAGCCUCCCGGGGCUCGGUCUAUGGAGCCGCUGAAGGCGAGGGAAGAGAAGAAGUCCGCCAAGAACGUCCCCUGCAGCCUGUGGCCCUCACCCAUCAGACAGGCCAUCGUCGGCAGGCGCCACGGCAAGAAGCAGUGGUCCAAAGCAGCCAUGCAGUACUUGCUGAUCCAGCAGACGCCCUCGUCACAGCUCAAGCGGAUCCUCAACGCUGCCCCAUCUAUCAUGUCGGACUCGCUGGGGUCCAACAACUCGCCUCGUCCCUCCCCACCACAGCGGGCCGCUAGUCCACUUGCCUAUGAGAUUGUGCCGCCCACAGCACCUCCCCCUUCGGCAACGACGUUCAGUUCCCGAUUGGACGCCUCGAGACGGUCCCAACAUGUGAUGCAGAAGCCACUGUCCAGACUAUGCCGACGGCGAAGGAAUUGGGGAAUGCGGGAGCACCCGAGAUGGGAAGGUCGGCAAGGCGGCUGAGUGCGCCUGCGUUGGUCGAGCUGCAGCGGUUUGCCCGGAAGGUGAAGCCCCGACUGGCGCAGAUUAGUCUCCCCCCUGAUGUGCCAAAGCUGGUGCCAAGCGUGCCGAAUCAGAGGCAAGAGGAUGGUGUCUGUUCUCGCCUCGUUCGUGUUUUUAUUUGUGUGCUGUUUGUUGCUGCCGCUGUCGGCCUCCUGCUGCAGACAGGGCAGGGGCGACUCAGCUGAAUGAACAAUGAUUUGCAGAGAAUCGUGUGAGUCCGUGUGUGGAUGCGCGUGUGUCUGUGUCUGUGUGGGGGAUAGAACAGUGGCCGCGUCGUGUGUAGGUGUAGGCUUCUUCACGUUCUUUUUGGUACAGUCUGGCCUUUUGCUAGUCUCUCUCUCUCCCUCUCUCUCUCUCUCUGUGUGUGUGUGUGUGUGUGGCUUUGUGUUGGGCUCUCUUUUUCGACGACAAUUUGUCGCAUGAAUGAGUUGGGGAGAUGUUUAGUGAAGCUGCGUGCAUUAGAGUAUCCCUUUCCUCAGUCCAUGACUCCAUGUUAGUUGAUUUGGGGACCCAGGUAGUCGCGUGCAUCGUGUGUCUGUGUGACCCUCGCCUUGUCUGUGUGACUCCCAGCCGCCCUCACUCAACUCAACAGUAGCGUAG